AUGUCGACGCCACAUCCCGGCGACACUGCCUGGAGUAAAAUGCCAAAAGUGAACGGUGAGCUCUUUGCGUUGACAUAUGGCUCACUUGUGACACAACUUAUUAAGGAUUUUGAGGACCUCAAGGUCGUGAACGAGCAACUUGACAAAAUGGGGUACAACAUUGGCAUCCGACUAGUGGACGAAUUCUUAGCCAAGUCGGGCGUAACAAAAUGUCAGGAUUUUAAAGAGACGGCGGAGGUGGUUGCAAAAGUGGCAUUUAAAAUGUUUCUGGGUAUUAAUGUGGACGUGUCGCAAUGGAACACAGAGGGUAAUGCAUGCAGUCUAGUUAUCUAUGACAACCCACUUACAGAGUUUGUGGAGCUACCACCGAGUGCUUAUGGUGUACUGUGGUACUCAAAUGUACUGUGUGGUGUACUGAAAGGAGCUCUUGAGAUGGUACAAAUGCGUGUAGAAGCGCAGUUUGUCAAAGAUGUGCUACAGGGCGAUGAAGUGUCUGAAAUUCGAUUGGAACUGAAAGGCAUGAUGGAGGAGACCAUGGGAGACGAGUAUAAGGAAGACUAG